ACACAGUUCAUUCCCGAAAGGCCAGAAGGGCAAACAGAGAUCUUACAGAAACCGGCCAUGGAAGGCGAGCAAGAAACGGUGGACUUCACUUUGGUCGCGAGGAAACCCUACUUCGGUCUCCCAACAGCCUGCCCUAGUUGUCUUCCCGUUUACGUCUACCUCAAAUUGGCUCAAGUUCCUUUCCAAUUGGCCUUCAAUUCAACCUUCCCCGAUUCAGAUCAAAUACCAUACUUUGAAGCUGGUAGUACACAUGUUGCAUACAAUAAUGAGAAUGGAGGGGUUAUUGAAAAUUUGAAGAGAGAUGGCAUCGUCAAUCUGGAUUCUAGGUUCCAGUCUCUUCCGGAGUUUAUAUCGUUGAAAUCCCUUAUAGUAUCCUGGCUCGGGGAAGCACUUACAUAUGAGCUCUGGAUUGGUACUGAGGGAAGUUCUGCAUGGGAAAUUUACUAUUCGGAUCUGCCUUGGGUGAUCAGCAAGGUUCUGUUUCUCAAGCAAAUGUACAUGGCCAAGACCCAACUUGGAAUUAGCAAAGACAACGCUGAAGAAAGGGCAAAACAGAUAUACAAAAGGGCAAGUGAGGCAUAUACGGCUUUAUCAACUAGAUUAGGCGAGCAGAAGUUUCUCUUUGAGGAUAGGCCCUCGAGUUUGGAUGCUUUCUUUCUUGCGCAUGUGCUUUUUACACUCCAAGCACUACCAGAAACAUCAGUGCUUCGAAGCAAACUUAUGGAGCAUAAUAAUCUGGUGAGAUAUGCUGAGAAACUGAAGUCGGAUUUCCUGGAGGCUUCUUCUUCUUCGUCUCCUUCUCCACUUCACUCUUUCGCAUCCUCGUUUUCGAGAAAGAGUUCAAAGCCGAAGAGCAAACCAAAGGGCGAAAAGACGGAAGAGGAGAAGAAGUUUAAGAAAAGGGCAAGGUUCUUUCUAGCUGCACAGUUUAUCGCCAUUGUUCUUUACUUGUCUGUGAUGGGAGGAGUCAGUUCUGAUGAACUAGAGUAUGAGGAUGAUGACUAAACAAAGACCUCUACAAAUGAGACUGGUAAUGUUCCUUUCUGAUAUAAACCCUUUUCCUUUUCUUUCUAGAAUAGAGAAAGGAAGAAGAGAAACAGUGAAUUUUUGGCUCUGAAGUUGUCAUUUGAUUCUUCUCGUUUUA